AUGACAAUUAAAGCAGGUUCAGCUUUGUACUUCAUCUUCAUCUCCGCUUUGGUGGUCGUGUCUAUAUUCGUCCUUGCCUACAGCACAGAACCCUCGAUGCGGCGGCCUGUGUCCAAAUGUGAACUAAUAGACUACUUGGAAAGCAUUCAUUACAAAAAUAUCGAAAUGGUAAAAAGCAUUCUCGGUCAUCCAGAUUGCAGCAAUCCUGGUUCCUGGCUUGGACCUGGUGACUGGGACCAUGAUGAAAUGUUCGACGUGGCUGACUAUAACUGGUCGUUCUCUGAAUACAGCUGGGGUAGACAACUGCCAAGUCGUCCAGCAAAUGGAAACAAAUCUCCUCCACAAGAAAACAGUGGUAAAAGAGGCAAAGGAAGUAUGCCCCCAGAACCUGACAAUGAACAACCAGAAGGCGACCCUGGUGGCUACGAGCAAGAAACAGAAGAACCUACACAGAAAGCGAUCAAUAUCCCAAAGUUAACAGUUCCUAAACCUGUGUUUAACAUUGUAGACACUGUCGUAAAUGUUGUUUUCACAUUUGACUUCAUGCUCAGGAUCUUGUCUUGUCCGUCCCUUCGGGGUUAUUUUCUCUCAGUCAUCAACGUUUUAGAUGCGUUAGCUUUACUGUCAAGUUACAUCUACAUAAUUAUCGUGUCUGUAGAAAGAAGGUAUUUUUAUGAAAAUACGUCGUGGCUGUCUAUGCUCGAAUUUGCACAAGUUUUUCGUGCUUUGCGGCUCUUCCGGGUGGUAAAAAAUGUUCGUGCCAGCAAAGUGCUUGCGUACUCACUAACCCAAGAUGUCAGAGAUAUGUCUUUACUGGUGACUCUCCUGUUUGUUGGGGUGUCAACAUUUGCGUAUCUAUUCUACUUCGCGGAACCACGAAACACGGUUAUUUCUAUCCCAAAUGCUUGGUACUGGGCCAUCGUUACCAUGACUACGGUUGGGUAUGGUGACAUCUCGCCUGAAUCGGGAUUUGGACGCGUAAUUGCAUCGUUAUGUGCAGUUUCAGGUGUUCUACUUCUUUCAAUUACCUUACCGAUGUUUGUGAACAACUUUCUCACUUAUUACCAUUAUUCAUGUGUAAACGAGUCGAUUGAGAAAAGGAAGAAAGAAAAACAAACGGAAACGCCAGUUAAGGAAAUGAAAGACGCUGAAAACGAGGCGAAUGACAAUCACGUAUACAUUUCUGAUCUGACAGAUAUCGAUCGCCCUCCAUCUUACAAGACCUUUCCGAAAUCUCGCGAGACAAUAAGAGUCAACGUGAAAGAGUCUAGCAAUAUGCAAGGUUUGUAG